AUGCAAGAAGAAUAUGACAGCCAGGCUGGGUCACCAGGCCUCACAAAGAGGAGGCGCUACUCACGGGUGAGUAGGGCCUGCAAUGAAUGUCGCUUUCGAAAGAUUCGGUGCAAUGGGCGCCAGCCAUGCGAUCCUUGUCGAGACUUCGACCGUCACUGCACGUACACGUCCACAAGAGGCCAGCGGAUGGCUGGCGCCCCACGAACCAAGAUAUUAGAGGAUCGAUUGCGUCGGGCUCGCGCGCUCUUAAGUAAAAUCCAGUCUCAAAACCCAUCCGCCAGCCUCCAGGCGGAGGUAAACAGCAUUUUUGAUUCGCCACCUGGUUCCCCUUCGUCAUCACCAGAUUCUCCGGGUCGAACGGAUGAUAGCUCAGGGGACCGUUUCGAGAACAUGCUUGACGGCAAAGCCCGUUUGACGUCUACCAAAAACUCCACCGAGUACUAUGGUGGUGGAUCUGGCUUCGCUUUUCUUCACCAGACUCAACAGCUCUUCAACCAGGAUUCGCCAGGGACUGAAGGGCCGUCCAACCGUCAUGUGGAUGUCGACGCCAUGUCAAGACUCUUCGAUUCACCCUUGCCAGACAAGCAGGCAUUGGCUAUUGAUGUGCCUUUUGCAAAGCUGUUGCCGUCUAGGCAGACUGCGAUGCGGCUGCUUCAUGUCGUUUUCGGACAGACCUACCAAUUACUCCAGUUCCUGCAUGAGCCGAGCUUCAAGAAGCAGGUGGACCGCAUCUAUGACCUGGAUCCGAUGGACUUUGAAGACACUGACCACGACUUCCUGCCUCUUUUCUAUAUGGUGACGGCGCUUGGGUAUUUGUUUCACCAGGAGAUGCAUCACAAAUAUGGUUGCAAUGGGACUCUAAAUCAGGCAAUGCGACAUGUUAUCGCUGCCCGUCGUAUGGUCAAUCUCGACCGCUGCCGGGACCUCCUCACGUUGCAGACCCUGCUGUGUUUUGUUCUGUUCCUCAUGUCAACGGCACGUUUAGCUAGCGCUCACACGUUCAUAGGCCUGGCAGUGGCCGCCGCCAUGAGGAUGGGUCUUCAUUCCCGAGCUUCCUGUGAGGGACUAUGUGAAUCGGAGCAGGACAUUCGGCGACGAAUUUUCUGGACGAUUGUCAAGCUCGAUAUUUACAGUGGAACCGUCCUGGGGCUUCCUGGCAUGAUCAAUCUUGAUUAUGUGGAUCAGCUAAAACCCAGUGGUCUUGUCCGCGACUACGAAAAUGAGGACAAAGGAGGGUUUGCCUCCGUCACGAAGAGAAGGAUGUUUGCGGCGUCCGCUCAGUAUCUUGACGUUCUCUUGAUCACCAGCAAGGUAGUCCAGAAGUUGUAUCCGAAGACCGACGAAGAGGCGCACCGAGUCAAUGGAACAAGUAAGAUGUACGUCAGCAACGCCACUGUAUCAGAGAUUGAGGAGGACUUCAAGACAUGGCGGAAAGGGCUGUCCAAUGCUCUGGGAUCAUCAGACCAAAACAGUUCGCUGAGCAGCAUCGUAUACGAGCUGGAAAUGGUCCAUAAUUUUGGCCACAUCAUUCUUUACCGGCCUUUUUUGCAUUACCUGGCGCGCACAAAGAGCGAGAAUCCUCCAGAGCUUCGGUUGCUACGUUGUGCUACGGCAUGCAUCAAAAUCUCUCGAUUCACCAUUUCACGGUCGCAAGACAUGCUCAAGCAGGGCUUUCUCGCAGCGGCUGCGUGGCAAUCCGUCUACACGGUGUUCUUGUCGCUUGUCACACUAAUAUUCUUCCUAGCAACGCAGCACGGGAACAAGGAAUAUGCGGCUAUCCUCAGAGACACGGAAUGUGGGGUUCAGAUACUCGCAAGCACAUCCUGUCUCGACAUUGGUUCAAGAAGGUGUCUGGAUGUAUUGAAGGUUCUUACCCGACGACUGGCGCCCAUGGUUGACCUGGACAUCGACAAAAUUGCACGAGAAGUGAAGCCAUUGUGCAGAAGCCUCCAAUCCACUCCCGCUGGGGAUCGCGGCCGAGGGUGGUCACCUUUAGAUACAGAUAUGGAAGGUGCCGUUUUCAAACUUGCACAGCCGCCCGCCCGAACAGCGGCUGAGGCGAGCUCUCCCGCAGAGCCGAGCCAGCAGCAAGAUUUCGUUCAGCGACCUCAGUCCACACCGCAACAAGUCCCAGCAAUGAAUGUGCAUCCCACGCCCAUGAACAUGUAUCCUCCGGCCAUGUCGUUCCCAUACCCGGCCGCACCAAUGCCAAUGAUGGGACAAGGUCAAUCAAUGAAUGCGCUGAGCACGAGUCAAAGUCAAAGCCACGGUUUCGCAAUGUUCGACGUCGAGCCCACCCCAGGUCUUGAAGGACCGGCGCCAUUUGGACAGUCAGAUAUGGAGGUGCCAUAUACCGGUGAAUUUGCUUGGCCGUUCGAAAUGACUGGCGGGGCCGCAGGAAACAACAAAAACACCAACGCCAGGCGAGGAUCACAGCCGCAGCUUGGAACGCACCCUCUGACGCAACAGGACAUUGCAGCAUUCAUGCGGAUCAACCCUGGAGACGAGCCGUUCCUCUAA